AUGUCAAAUCUUACAAAACUCGAAUUUGUGGCUCUGGACAUCACUGAAAAUAACUAUUUAUCAUGGGUGCUAGAUGCUAAAAUUCACAUAGAUGCAAAGGGUCUUGGUGAGACUAUUAAGGAGGGAAAUGAAGAAAGUACACAAGAUAAGGCCAAGGCCAUGAUUUUCCUUCGCCAUCACCUCCAUGAAGGUCUAAAGACCGAAUAUUUGACUGUUAAGGACCUUCAAAUUCUUUGGGCCAAUCUAAAGGAAAUAUAUGACCACCAGAAAACUGUGAUUUUGCCUAAAGCUCGUUAUGAGUGGUUGAAUUUAAGAUUGCAAGACUUUAAGUCUGUUAGUGAUUAUAACUCGGCCAUGUUCAGAAUCACUUCACAAUUGAAUUUAUGUGGAGAGAAGAUUACUGAUGCAGAAAUGUUAAAAAGAACAUACUCAACUUUCCAUGUAAAUAAUAUUGUCCUGUAG